AUGACCAGCUCCCAAGAUACCAAUAAUGCAAACAUCAUGGAGCCCCAGUCUUCCGUCCCUCUCGGGGUUCGUCUCUCCCCCCCGCUCAAUACUAUAGCUCGCCUCGAAAAGCGCCGCAGCAAGCUCUAUGAAAUUCGCGACAGCUCCCGACUUAAGCUCCACCACAACGAGAACGGGAUCUACUACGGGCUACGUUUCCAGUGUCCUGAGAUCACGCCUCCCCUUAAGCUGUUCAUCCGGGUGGGGCUGAAAUGCUUCGAGGGCAUGGAUGUAGAGGGUGCGAUGAACAGGAUGGAUCUGGAUGUGCGGUCUAGGUUUACUGAGAGUAUGGUGAAGCAUCGCGCCUUGGUUAUGUUGAAGAAGAGAAUAGAUAGGAGAAUGGCGGAGGUGCAGGAGCUUUUAGAUACGGCGAGGGUGGAAGCGGUAGAUGUUAAGCAGAGUGGGAACCCGUAUGCUAAGGUUGACUAUAGACGUUUGAACUUAGAUAGGUUUGACUGA